AUGGCUCGGAGCACAAUGGACCUUGGGACUGGAGUGUCUCUGUUGGUGUUGUUAUGCUUUACCACGCACUUUUGGGUGCUCCCUCUUGCAGAGGCAGUGUGGUUUACACUCCCCACUACAGGGACUAAGUGCUUGUCCGAGGAAAUCCAGAAAAACGUGGUCGUUUUAGGCGAUUAUUAUGUGGUUACUGAAGAGGGUCCCCAGCUCAACACAGUUUCUGUCAAGGUAACAUCUCCUUAUGGGAAUAGCCUUUACCACAAUGAAAAUGCCACACAAGGUCAAUUUGCAUUUACAACAGAGGAGAGUGGGAACUACGUGGCGUGUUUUUGGUUAGAUAGUAAACAUCAAGCAGAGGCAACUAUCAGCCUUGAUUGGAAAACUGGAAUUGCUGCCAAAGAUUGGGAGUCUGUUGCAAAGAAAGAAAAGAUUGAGGGUGUUGAAUUCGAGCUUAAGAAACUUGAAAUUUCAGUGCAAGCCAUCCACAAUUACCUAGUUUAUCUGAAGGAUAAGGAAGCAGGGAUGAGAGCAGUUAGUGAAAAAACAAAUGGCAGAGUUGCUUGGUAUAGCAUCAUGUCUAUUAGUAUCUGCAUUUUGGUUUCUUUGUUACAAGUUUGGUAUCUGAAGCGCUAUUUUCUGAAGAAGAAACUCAUAUAG